UGCUGAGCUGCUGGCUGAGCACCAGGAUGAUUAUGGUCGAUUCUUCACUUCCAGAUGAAAUCAUCACUCCUUCCCGCGUCAUCCAGAAGAAUCGAAUUAACCCCCCCUGCCUGCAGCCAUGGUCCGAUCCUGCUGCUCCUCCCCCGUGUCUGGCCUGUCUGGCCUGUCUGGCCUGUCUGGCCUGUCUGGCCAGGGUUACCCCCCACCAGCAUGCUUUUGCAGUUUGGCUGCUGUGAGCAUCCUAGACGACCACGGUGGUGGCCGUAUUUCUUUUUCUCUCCUUUUCCGGAGCUGCUCCGGUCCUGACUGGCUGUGAGGAGUGUCUGGAGAUCAGCAUCUGACCGGUCGUACCGUGGCGCUCAAC